AUGUUCUCCAACCUGACGAACAUCGUGCAAAAGGCCCAGCAGCUCAUCGACCCGACGCAGGGCCUCAACCUCUCAGGCUCCGACCGCAACCCGUCCAAGUCAUCGCUCUUCCAGAGCCAGUUCCGCCUCCCGCCCUCCCAGACGCCCCUCUACGAGAUCAACGCCGAGCUCACCAUCCCUCCGUCCAAUGCCACCCGCGGCGAGCGCGACACGGAGCGCGGAUGGCACUACCCCGGCAAGCUGCACCUCUCUGAGGCAUACAUGUGCUUUUCCACCACGCCCACCAGCUUCGCUCAGUCCGCCAGCACCUCCACCUCGGCUGCCUUUACCGGCCAGACCCACGGCGCCGGACCGAGCGGCAACGGCUUCACAUUUCCGCUCUGCGCCAUCCGGAGGGUCGAGAGGCUCAACAGCCAAAACUUUCAGUUUGCGCUCGCGAUAACGACGUGGAACGGCCUGCUCGCCGACAGCCCCAAGGACAAGGACAAGGACGCCGCCAAGGACGUGGCCGCCCGAGAACAGCGAAUCACGAUCCAUCUCGCCGGCACCCGGCAGGCGUGCGAGCGCUUCUGCGAUGGCCUCAAGCGCGGCCUGAGGGCCGGCGUCGGUAACGUGGGCAAGCUACGCAAGGUCGUGGCCGAGUGCUACUCGGAGCACCUCCUGCGCACCGAGGAGAGGAAGAACGCGAGCCCGCCCGACGCCGGGUUGGGCAUGAUCUUCCGGUAUCCCGGCGACCCCAAGAAGCUGCGAGACCGCGCCAAGAUGCGGCUCUGGGCCGAGUACCUGCGCGACAACGGCCGCAACACCACCCUCAUCCGCCAACCCACCUUUCACAAGCUCAUCCGUGUGGGCCUCCCGAACCGACUCCGCGGCGAGAUAUGGGAGGUCACCUCGGGCUCCAUCUACCUGCGCCUCGAGAACCCGACCCACUAUGCCGACACCCUGGCCAAAUUUGAGGGCCAAGAGUCGCUCGCCAUCGACGAGAUCGAAAAGGACUUGAAUCGAAGCUUGCCCGAGUACCCCGGAUUCCAGAGCGAGGACGGCAUCGGGAGGCUGCGUCGCGUCCUGACGGCGUACAGCUGGGUCAACCCCGACGUCGGCUACUGCCAGGCCAUGAAUAUUGUGGUGGCGGCGCUGCUCAUCUACAUGUCCGAGUCUCAGGCCUUCUUCCUCCUAUCUGCGCUAUGCGACCGCCUGGUGCCCGGGUACUACUCGACGACCAUGUACGGCACCCUCCUCGACCAAAAGGUCUUUGAGUCCCUGGUCGAGAGGACUAUGCCCAUUCUAUGGGAGCACUUGGUCAAGAGCGAUGUCCAGCUUUCCGUCGUCUCGUUGCCCUGGUUCCUCUCCCUCUACAUCAACUCCAUGCCCCUCAUAUUCGCAUUCCGGGUAUUAGACGUCUUCUUCGUCGAAGGGCCCAAGGUCCUGUUUCAAGUCGGCUUGGCCAUUCUUCGCAUAAACGGUGAGGAGCUGCUCGACGCGGCUGAUGACGGGGCAUUCAUCUCAGUCCUCAAGUCAUACUUUUCGCGGCUAGACGAGUCUGCGCAUCCCAAGUCGGAGAACCCCAAGCUGCGAGCCGUCACGAGGUUUCAAGAACUCAUGGUUGUGGCCUUUAAGGAGUUCUCGGGCAUCACGCACAGCACCAUUACGGAUCUGCGGAUGAAGAAGAAGGACGCCGUGCUGAGCAACAUUGAGAACUUUGCGAAGCGGACGGCGAUCCGGAAUCUAGGACCCGACAGCAAGCUCAUCGGCACCGACGAGCUCGGCGCACUCUACGACCGGUUCUACAGCGUGCUAUACGAACGACAGCAGCGGGACAUGAUGAUCCAGGAGGAGGCCCAACGGAGGGCCAAGUCGAGUAGGAUGAGAGCCUCCGAGAUCUUCGCGUCCGGCCUCCCCCGGAGCGAGGCUGUCGAGAAGGGGCGGGUGGCCCUCGGCCCCAGCACCAGCCUCAUGGACUAUGACGCCUUCCGAGAGUUCCUCGCCGCCAUGUGCAAGUGGGCGAUAUCCGACUCUCCGAGCCACUCGCGGCGCGAUACGGGCGAGACAGACAGGCUUUAUAAGAGCGCCAGAAGGCCGACCGACAUCAUGUCGCCAUGGGGCGCCGGCCCCGAGCCCGCCGAGCACGACUUCCUACAGCGGCUGUACAGGAAGUGGGACGUCGACGGCAACUCGGCCCUGACGCUGCAAAACGUCGUGACGGGGCUGGCCGGGAUCAAGGGCAAGCGGGACAUUAUGGGCACCAUUACGUACUUUUUCGAGCUCUACGACGACGACGGUGACGGCAAAGUGGACCGCGAGGGCAUCUUGAGGAUAUCGGAGGCGCUGCUGUUCCUGUCGCGACGCGGGCUGGAGGGGACCCUAAGCCCCAACGCCUCGAGCACGGCGCUCAACGGCGACGCGGGCAGCGCGCACGACUCCCAGAACAGCCUGCCGUCUGGCAUACCGACAAACGAGCGCUUCCUGGGCAGCGUGAGUGCCUUUAUUCGGCGGUGCUUUGAGUACGCGGACCCCGAUCAUCCCCAGCAUCAAGACGGCGGCGAGGCACCUUCAAGUGGCAGAGCUGCUGACGAGAGCGCGGCGUUUGCCAUUGGGGACGACGACGACGACGACGAGGACUUGCUGGGCCUGGAGACGCCGGCGGCAUCUCCAUCCAAGGCCAAAAAGUCUGGGGACGCAUCAUCGGCUUCAAGCGGCGACGUGGCCCAGCGUACGGCAUCCAGAGCCAAGUCUGAGGCGGCCAAUGCGGCGCUGGACCCGGCGCACCCGCUGCACAUUACACUGCCGACAUUCAGGAUGGUCGUGCUCGCCGACGAACUCCUCGAGCAGUUCUUCGAGUCAUCGUUUCCAUCGUCGUUCCACAUCAUCGAGGGCGUACCGAGCUCGGCGGCGGCAUCAUCGGCGUCGUCGCUCACCACGUUUGCCAGCCUUGGCUUCGGAGCGCGACCGCCUCCCGCCCAAACGGGUCCGCCAGGCGCUGGACGAGGUCUGCGCGGCGUGCUCGACAACAUCGUCACGGACGGCAUGCGCGUGGCGACUGAGGUGCGCAGGCGGAUGGAGGAGGCGCAGAGGGAGCUCGAGAAGAACGCCCUGCCCGGCCAGCGACCCGAGGAUGACGACGAGGAUGACGACGACAUUGGCGUGGCCGUCGGGGCCAGGGGAGGCCCGGGCGAGUCGAGCCAGGACAUUGAGCGGCGGUCCGUGAAGAGCACGGACCGCGAUCUGCUGGACGGGCUGGACGCAGAGGCCGGUGCGCUGUCCAAGGAUCAGGAGCAGAACCUCAUGGACAUGGACCCUGGGGACGGCAAGCGCCUCGCGGGGCCAGGAACGACACAGGGCACUGGCGUGGUAGAGUUUGAGGGGUGA